AUGUCGAAAUCAAAAGCAAAAUUAAUGUUGGGUAAUCCUUCGGAUCAUGUCGAUUUUGAAACAAUUGAAUCACCCAAGAAACCAAUUUUAAAAUUGGAAGAACCAGAGGUACCACAAAAUAUUAGUAAAAAGAAGAGUUUUAAUGAGGACAGUGUAAGAAUAUCUCACGAGAGGUUUGAAUAUGAAAAUGAAUUAAGUAUAGGACCUAGAGGAAUAGACAGAGAAAAGACACCACUCUCUUCUACUGUUAUUGAAUCAACAAUAUUCGAUGUACCAUCAACACUGAACACUACAAAUGCUUCCUCUCUGGAAAAAGAUUCAUCAUCACCAAGUGCUGAUGAUUUUAAUUCACUAACAGGAUUAAUUAGAUAUGAGGAAUUAUCUGGAUUUGUAAAAUUAGGAAGUGGAUCAUCGGCUUCUGUAUUCAAAGUGUACCAUCAACCUUCCGAAUUUGAUAUUGGAGUUGGAGCAAGACUUGAGCCUUCUAAUUCAGAAAAUAAGGAUGACCCAGAAAAGAAAAAGACUGUCUAUGCCAUGAAAAAGAUCUAUGUAGAAAAACAGUUGGCCAAGUCUAUAAUACACGAAAUUAAAGCUCUCUACACUAACAGAAAUACUCACAUUAUCAAAUUAAUUGACUCAUAUUACCGAGAAGGAGCUAUAAUGAUGAUUUUGGAAUAUAUGGAUUGUGGAUCUUUGGAAGAUGUCAUUAAAAUAUCUAAAAAGAUUCCAGAGAAAAUACUCAGCAGAAUGACUUAUCAAAUCUUGAAAGGUUUACAAUAUAUUCAUGAGGAAUGUUAUAUUAUUCACAGAGAUAUUAAGCCUGCUAAUAUUUUACUCAAUAGCAAAGGUCUCUGUAAGAUUGCAGAUUUUGGUAUGAGUGGUUUCUGGAUUAAAUCAAAAUUGGAAGAAAUUCAAAAGACAGCCAAAUUCGAUACAUUUUGUGGCACUUAUAUUUACAUGUCUCCUGAAAGAAUUAGAGGACAAUCACAUAGUUUUGAUAGCGACAUUUGGUCACUUGGCUUGACAAUAGCUCAAUUAGGUAUGGGAAUAUUCCCAUUCACACUCAAACCAGAAUUUACAAUUUGGUCCAUGUUUGAAUAUUUGGAAGAGACUGGAGCUGAACCAUUUCCAAUCGAUGAAAAGGAAUAUUCACCUGAAUUUAAAUCAUUUGUUUAUCAAUGCAUGACAUUUGAUCGUAAGCAAAGACCAUCUGCAUCUCAACUCGUUUCACACCCAUGGAUUGAAAAGUACAAGAAGGAUGAAGAAAAGAUGAGAAAGAGUGUUGAAAAGUGGGUAUACAGACGUUACAUUGCUGUAAAGAGACACAAUAGAAAACCAAAAGAAUCUAACGAUACAAAAACUGAAAAACGAUAA